CCCACACGCCGACGCCGAGUUACCCGCCAGACGACGUGCCUACUCUCCUUCGCCCUACUCUCAGUCGACCGCUUACUGGAUUAUUCCAGUUCCAUCCCGCAGACUUUUUUUUUGUCAACAUGUCGUACGAAGACCGCGCUAAUGCGCACCCUAACCUGAACGACGAGUCCGAUGUUGAAGAGGAAGCGCUCGUUAACGACUACCGCGAGCAGGUCAACUUCGACGAUGGCAUGAGCGAAUUGGACCGGACUACAUCACUUGGAACUGGCUCUCAGACACAAGACCUCCAGGCACAACUUGCCGCUGCUGCGACCCCUCUUGAAUACCAGGCCACAUUGGAGACCAAGUUUGCAAGCUACGACAACUACUGCAGCCUGUUCCACUACAUCCUCAACUCGGAUGGUCCUGUUGAACUGGAAGUUCCUUCUUACUAUUGGGCUUGGGACGUGAUCGAUGAGUUCAUCUACCAAUUCGAGUCAUUCUGUCGUUACCGCAACCGUGUCGCUCGCAGCGGUUCCAACGAGGAAGAGGCACAGCUUCUGCGUGAGAACCCGAAUACAUGGGGUUGCUACUCCGUGCUCAACGUUCUUUACUCCCUUAUCCAAAGGUCCCAGAUCAACGAGCAACUGGCUGCCAUCAAGCGUGGAGAGGACCCCCUAGCGUUCGCUGGAGAGUAUGGCUCUCGCCCGUUGUACAAGAUGCUCGGAUAUUUCUCCAUCAUCGGACUUCUGCGUGUUCACUGCUUGCUAGGUGACUUCAGCCUUGCCAUCAAGACUCUGGACGACAUCGAAAUGAACAAGAAGGCUAUGUUCGCCCGUGUCAUGGCUGCCCACUUCACCACUUACUACUAUGUGGGUUUCUCCUACAUGAUGAUGCGCCGUUAUGGUGACGCCAUCCGCAUGUUCAGCCACAUCCUGGUCUACGUCUCCCGGACCAAGAACUUCCAGAAGGGUGGCAAUAGCUACGAUGCUAUCGCCAAGAAGAACGACCAGAUGUACGCUCUGAUUGCCAUCUGCGUUGCUCUCCACCCCACCCGUCUCGACGACACCAUCCACUCCGCCCUCCGCGAGAAGUACGGCGAGCAGCUCAACCGUCUCCAGCGCGGUGGCCCCGAGGCCCUCCCUCUGUUCGAGGAGCUCUUCCGCUCUGCUUGCCCCAAGUUUAUCAGCCCCACUCCCCCUGAUUUCGACAAUCCGUCCAUCAACGUCGACCCCGUCGACCACCACACGGCUAUCUUCAUGGAUGAGGUCAAGAACACACUGUACAACCCUACCAUCCGCUCUUACCUGAAGCUGUACACCACCAUGGAUCUGCAGAAGCUGGCUGGCUUCCUGGAGGUCGAGCCCGAGAAGCUCCACUCCUGGCUGUUGGUGAACAAGCAGCGCAGCCGUCAGGUUCGCUGGGUCGAGGGCGGUCUGUUGGAGGGUGAGUCAGUCAGUGUCAACGACCUGGACUACGCUCUGGAGAAUGACCUGAUCCACGUCAGCGAGACCAAGGCGGGCCGCCGUCUGGUGGACUGGUACCUGAGGAACCUGGCCCGCGUCUACUAAGGCGUC